AAAUUAAACACACUUUUCUAAUUGUGCGUAACGGUUGUAACUUGCGGUGAAUUCACGCUUAGAGGCACAAUGCGUCUCCAUUUGAGCUUUAUCGUUCUAGGCGCUAUAUUGGCAUGCGUCUUAGGUCAGGACGAUGGCAAGUACAGACCAUCGCCGAGAGAGCUGACCACUCAGCGGCCCCGACCAUACCAGCCGUACGUUGAUCCUAGAUAUCUUCAAUAUCCGUACAAUACGUACCGUUACGCGAACGAUCGUCGCUACUACAAUCGAAAUGAUGGACGAUACAAUUCGGGCAACGAUGGUAAAUACGUGCCUAGAAAUGAUGGCCGCUACGUGCACGUUGACAAUCGAUACAAGCACGUGGAAGGUCCCAGUGGCAGCGGAGCAGGUCGGGCAGGAUCUUCGGGCGGUGCAGGUGGCGGAGCAGGUGCUCCUGGAGCGGGAGCAAGUGCAGCUGAUACUAACCCACCAAAACCAGCAACCACUGCUUCAGCACCAUCUGCAUCUCCACCUACCCCUGUUCCAACGUUGGCUAGAAUAGCCCAGGUGAAGGUUGCUCCCAAACCAGCAUACGCCCCCGACGGAUGGAAAAUCAUACGUCUGGAAAACCAAGUGGAAAACGAUGGUUACCACUAUGUGUUUGAAACCGAAAACGGAAUUUUAGCGGAAGAAGCAGGACGCAUCGAAGACAAGGGCACUGCUGCGGAAGGACUUCGUUCGCAAGGUUUCUAUCAGUACGUCGGAGAUGAUGGAGUAGUUUAUCGAGUCGAUUAUGUCGCUGAUGGCAACGGUUUUCUGCCGCAGGGUGACCAUAUACCAAAGGUGCCACCGGCGAUCGAAAAACUGCUCAAAUAUUUAGCCGCACAACCUAAGUGAAUCUAGAGAAACCAAGUGAGAUUCACUUUUUGAGGAACGGCCACGCUGUAUUACUGGUGAGAAUCAAAUCUUUGGAAACGAAUGCUUCAUAUAACGAAGAGAUGCGAAGACAAAUUCAAAAACGUAACGCUUUCGUAACGGCGUACAUGUGCUAUAAAAGAUUGUUUUAUAGGAGGAUCGUUGAUAUUAUAAUGCAGGGCAUAGCAACAAAUAUUACGAUUUGAAUUUGGAUUUUGUUAUUCAUAUGAAUGUAAUCCUAAAAUUUGUGUUUGAUGUAAUCCUAAGCCAAUGAAAUUAAAAAUUAAAUAAAAUAAUACAAAAUUUAGCAAUUUGCUCCCUCACAUAAUUGAGG